UGCUGUUGCCCCAAUUAGAUCGAGGAAAGAGUGCGAAAGCAGAGGGGAAGGAAGGGAGCGGGAGAGAUCUCGUCGCGCCGAUGGCUCCUCCGCCGCCCAAUUACGAGUUCCAAGAAUGGUGGAACAAGGAGCGCCUCAAGGCCCAUGGCUUCCUCUCGCCCUCCGCGCCUCAUUCGCCGCUGCCGGCCACCGCGGCCGGGUACGCCUCCUUCGAUUCCACCGCCGUCGAGAUCGGUACGCCCACCACCCCUGCCGACGGCGGCAAGUUCCGCGGACGCAGCCCCCGUCAGCUGUCCUGGUUCCUCCUCCUCCGCCUCCUCGGCUCGGCUCUCCUCCUCGCCUCCCUCCCCUCUCGUCUCUUCGGCCUCCUCCGCACUGCAGCCCGGCGGAUCUCCACACUCACCCACCGGCCCGCCCCCGCCUCGCGUCUCUACCGCCUUAUCCGAGGCUUCCUCGUCCUAGCCAUCCUCCUCCUCGUCCUCGAGCUGAUCGCUUAUUUCAAGGGUUGGCACUUCAACCCCCCGUCAUAUGCCUCGUCCGCCGAGGCCCUGGAGUUCAUCUACGCCAACUGGCUCAUGAUCAGGGUGACGUACCUCGCGCCUCCGGUACAGGCGUUGGCCAACAUGUGCAUUGUGUUAUUUCUUGUGCAGUCGGUGGAUCGGCUCGUCUUGACGAUUGGCUGCUUCUAUAUUAGACUCCGAGGCUUGAAGCCCGUCUCAUUGGUCGAGUAUGGAAGUGCGGGGGAUUUGGAAGGUGCAAACACGAUCAAUGUUGAUGAGUAUCCGAUGGUUCUGCUCCAGAUCCCGAUGUGCAACGAGCGAGAAGUUUACCAACAAUCAAUAGCAGCAGUUUGCAUCCAGGAUUGGCCAAGGGAGAGAAUGCUAGUUCAAGUAUUAGAUGAUUCUGAUGAUGUGGAAGUCCAACGUCUUAUAAACACUGAAGUGCAAAAAUGGCAGCAGAAAGGUGUACAUAUCAUAUAUAGGCACCGCCUUAUUCGCACAGGCUACAAAGCUGGGAACCUAAAAUCUGCCAUGAACUGUGAUUAUGUGAAGGAUUAUGAAUUUGUCGCAAUAUUUGAUGCAGAUUUUCAGCCAGCACCUGAUUUCUUAAGAAAGACAAUCCCACAUUUUAAGGGUAAUGAUGAUGUAGCACUUGUACAAGCUAGAUGGUCCUUUGUAAACAAGGAUGAAAACCUUCUCACAAGGCUGCAGAACAUAAAUUUGUCUUUCCAUUUUGAGGUUGAACAACAAGUCAAUGGAAUAUUUAUCAAUUUCUUUGGCUUCAAUGGAACAGCUGGAGUAUGGAGAAUAAAAGCUCUUGAAGAGUCUGGUGGCUGGUUAGAGAGAACCACUGUUGAGGACAUGGACAUUGCCGUCCGUGCUCACCUUUGUGGUUGGAAAUUUGUUUUUCUCAAUGAUGUCAAGUGUCUUUGUGAACUGCCAGAAUCCUACGAGGCUUAUAAGAAACAGCAACACCGGUGGCAUUCAGGCCCAAUGCAGCUGUUUCGUUUGUGUUUCUUUGACAUCCUUCAUGCGAAGGUAAGUCUCUUUAAGAAGGCUAACUUAAUUUUUCUUUUCUUCCUUUUGAGGAAGCUGAUCUUGCCAUUCUACUCGUUUACUCUGUUCUGUAUCAUACUCCCUUUGUCGAUGUUCCUGCCAGAAGCUCAUUUGCCAGCGUGGGUUGUCUGUUAUGUACCUGGUAUAAUGUCUGUUAUGAGCAUACUUCCAGCACCAAAGUCAUUCCCAUUUAUAGUACCAUACCUUCUUUUCGAGAAUACAAUGUCUGUGACCAAAUUCCAUGCUAUGAUAUCUGGACUUUUCAAAUUUGGAAGUUCAUACGAAUGGAUAGUUACUAAGAAGUUAGGAAGGUCAUCAGAAGCAGAUUUGGUCGCAUACAUCCAAAAAGAUCCCGAGCCUAUUGUAGAAAGUAGCAUCCACAGGUCAUCCUCGGAGUCUGGUCUUACUGAGUUAAAUAAACUGGACGUCACUAAGAAGGCAGGGAAAGCCAAGAUGAAUCGCCUAUACCGGAAGGAGCUUGCUCUUGCUAUUAUUUUGUUAAUUGCUUCUGUACGAAGUUUAUUGUCUGCACAGGGGAUUCAUUUCUAUUUCUUGUUGUUUCAAGGAAUCACUUUCCUUGCUGUUGGAUUAGAUCUCAUUGGAGAGCAGGUAAGCUAAGCCUUGUUGCCUCGCUCGGUCUAUGCCAAAAGGAAUUCCAAGCAGCAAUCUCGUGUCAUUCACAACUCCUGGCUUGACAAAGCAUGAUCGAAGUCACUGAUGGAAAAUCUUAUCUUGACUAUCAAGGAGUCCACGACGGGAUCAAUUGCUUUAAGCUAUUCAUUCUUUCAAAUCUUCAUUUUGUAUAUUUCACUUCAGAAAAAGCCCUGCUGAUGCUACCGAGUGGAUCAAUAGUCGUCCUCUGCUCCACUAGGAAGGUUGUAGAAGGGCCAACAUAUUCAUUAGGUUUUCUUUCGUCCCAUCCCCUUUUGUUUGUUAUUUACUAUUCAGAUGGAGAUACGUAGUCGAUUUUUUGUUGGAAGUGGCUUAUAUUUAUUCAUAUGACUCAACAAUCAGACUUAGCAAGAUAGAAUCAUUUGUGACGUCUAGCUGUAUUCGUUCGCAAUAAACUUGUAAGAAUUAAGAGACCGAAGUGGCUUCCAUUUUUCCAAAUCAUUGUACCGUUCCUCUACUUUUUUCAAGAAACUUGUAAGAAUUAAGAGACUGCAAUGCAUUUGUCCUAUCUUUGUUGAAUGGGAGUGGAAAAAGGCCCUAUCUUGAUCC